UGAGUUUCUAAUUAUUAUUAUUUUUCAACUUUAGAAAAUUUUAGUAUUCUCAACCAUUACGCACAGCGCAGAACUACUAUUUUUGACCUUUCGCAGUCUGGAUCUAGGGUUUCCUCUUUUUUGAGACUCGUUCUCUGUCAUCAUCAGAAAAUAUAUACCCCAAAAAAAAAAAAAAACCCCUAGCACCACCUUGACUAGUGGUAAAUCUAUCGAUAGAUCAUUCGAUCGAAGCAUAGCACUCAAAAGCUUGAUCUUUGUCGAAGCAAAUAUUGUGUUUAGGGUUUGGAUUUUGGAUCAUCUCAAUUACAGAUCUAUCGUCUUAAAAUCUGAGCAAACAAGAUUCCUAAUUUUGAUUUUGGUUAUUUGUCUCUCGACCUUGUUUUUUUUUAAAUUUCAAGAAAAUCGGAUCAUAUCUAAAUCUUGAUGAUGAUGAUGAUGAUGAUGAUGAUGAUGAUGGAUUUUGAUGGAAACUCUUGUGAUAUUCAAAAGGUGAAACUUUGAAGCUAAAUACCGGAGAUUUUGUUUUGAUGAGAAAGGGGUUUUGAUUGUUUUGGUAAAGAUGUAUAAAUCAGCGGUGUAUAGAGGCGAGGAGUUACUGGGAGAAGUUGAAAUAUAUCCCCAACAACGGCAACACCAACAUGAACCAGAAGAAGAAGAGAACAACAAGAGAGUCAUAGAUGAGAUAUUGACGGGGAAGGAAAUCAGAAUAAGCCACUUCUCGCAACCGAGUGAGAGGUGUCCUCCACUGGCAGUGCUACAUACCAUUACAUGUGGGAUAUGCUUCAAAAUGGAGUCCAAGAAUUCAGUCUCUCUUGACACGCCGCUUCAUCUUUUGCACUCCUCCUGUAUCCAGGAAAACAAGACUGCAGUAGUGCAACUGGGAUGGGGGGAGCUCCAUUUGGUGGCAAUGUAUUCUGGAAAUGAUGAAAGACAGUAUCCAUGCUUCUGGGGAUUCAAUGUUUCAGCAGGGCUUUACAAUGCUUGUCUUGUCAUGCUGAAUCUCAGAUGUCUUGGCAUUGUAUUUGAUCUUGAUGAGACUCUCAUUGUAGCAAACACAAUGCGAUCUUUUGAAGAUAGAAUUGAAGCACUGCAGCGGAAAAUAAGCACUGAGGUAGAUCCACAGCGUAUUUCUGGUAUGCUGUCAGAGGUAAAGCGUUAUCAGGAUGACAAGAGCAUUUUGAAGCAAUAUGUGGAAAAUGAUCAGGUUGUUGAAAACGGAAGGGUGAUUAAUACUCAGUUUGAGGUUGUUCCUGCUCUGUCUGACAACCACCAACCUAUAGUGCGUCCGUUGAUACGAUUACAAGAGAGGAAUAUUAUUUUGACGCGCAUCAAUCCACAGAUUCGUGAUACAAGUGUCCUUGUGAGGUUGAGACCUGCAUGGGAAGAACUGAGGAGUUACUUGACUGCUAAAGGGCGCAAACGUUUUGAGGUUUAUGUAUGCACAAUGGCUGAAAGAGAUUAUGCUUUAGAAAUGUGGAGGCUUCUUGAUCCAGAGUCAAACUUGAUAAACUCAAAAGAAUUAUUGGAUCGGAUAGUUUGUGUCAAGUCUGGUUCAAGGAAGUCAUUGUUCAAUGUUUUUCAAGAUGGAAUUUGCCAUCCUAAGAUGGCAUUGGUGAUUGAUGAUCGCUUAAAAGUGUGGGAUGAGAAAGAUCAACCUCGGGUGCAUGUUGUUCCUGCAUUUGCUCCAUACUAUGCUCCACAAGCUGAAGCAAAUAAUGCUGUUCCAGUGUUGUGUGUUGCAAGAAAUGUUGCCUGCAAUGUCAGAGGUGGUUUCUUCAAAGAAUUUGAUGAGGGUCUUAUACAAAGGAUAACUGAGAUUUCAUAUGAAGAUGAUAUGAGUGACAUCCCUUCUCCCCCUGAUGUGAGCAACUAUUUAGUUUCAGAGGAUGAUACUGCUAACUCAAAUGGACACAAAGAUCCACUUUUGUUUGAUGGCAUGGUGGAUGCUGAGGUUGAAAAACGACUAAAGGAAGCACUUGCAGUUUCUUCAAUUUUCCCUUCAACAGCUGCCAAUGUAGAACCAAGGCUUGUUCCUCCUCUUGAGUACACAGUGGCGCCUUCUUCAAGCUCAACUCCAGUGCCAACAUCGCAGCCAUCAGCAAUACCAUUUCCAAGCAUGCAGUUUCCUCAGGCAACUUCAUUAGUUAAACCUUUGGCUCAGGUUGGUCCCUCAGAACCAAGCUUGCAAAGUUCUCCAGCUAGAGAAGAGGGUGAGGUGCCGGAAUCAGAAUUAGAUCCUGAUACAAGGAGGCGGCUUCUCAUAUUGCAACAUGGACAAGAUAGCAGAGAUCAUGUUCCAAGUGAAUCGCAAUUUCCUGUGAGACCUUCAAAGCAAGUUUCAGUUCCACGAGUGCAAUCUCGAGGAAGCUGGGUUCCAGUGGAGGAAGAAAUGAGCCCUAGGCAACUGAACCGAGCAGUACCUAGAGAAUUUGCUCUGGAUUCAGAACCAAUGCACAUUGAAAAGCACCAACCUCAUCAUCCAUUCUUUUUCCCCAAGUUGCAGGCACAUUAUAGAGAUGAUCGGUUGAGGAUAAACCAUACAGUAUCCAAUUAUCAUUCUUUCUCAGGUGAGGAAAUACCAUUGAGUCAAUCAUCUUCCAGCAACAGGGAUCUUGAUUUUGAAUCUGAACGAGCUGUCCCAAAUGCAGAAACUCCAGUUGGAGUGUUACAGGAAAUUGCAAUGAAGUGCAGUGCCAAGGUGGAAUUCAGGCCUUCAUUGGUUGAUAGCAGAGAUUUGCAGUUCUCCAUUGAGGCUUGGUUUGCGGGAGAGAAAGUUGGUGAAGGGAUUGGUAGAACGAGAAGGGAAGCCCGAAGUCUUGCGGCUGAGGGUUCUAUUAAGAACUUGGCAAACAUGUAUAUGUUGCGAGCGAAGCCAGAUAAUGGGACUGUUCAUGGGGACUCAAGUAGAUAUUCUAGUGCAAAUGACAAUGGUUAUUUAGGCAAUGUGAAUUCUUUUGGGAGUCAGCCAUUGCCCAAAGAUGAGCCUGUCUCAUCUCCUCCUGCCUCAGAGCCAUCUAGGCUUCUGGAUCCAAGACUGGAAGGCUCUAAGAAAUCAAUUGGUGCAGUUACUGCCUUCAAAGAAUUUGUAAGUUUCAAGGAACUUACACCAAAACGUCAGGGUUCCCCAAGGCCAAUUCAAGGGAUCUCAAAUAAACGUUUAAAAUCGGAUUUUCCAAGAGCUCUGCAGCGGAUGCCUUCAUCUGCUAGAUAUCCUAAGAAUGCUUCUCCUGUUCCUUGAAGACCAGACAGCAUUUUCUUUUCCAGUUUGAUGUGAAGGACUGGCGCGCUGUUUAGCUCCUGAACCAACAAUUGACUCUUAGACAUUGGGACUUUUUGAUCCAUGUGAAACAAAACCUUGUGGAGCUCCAACCUGACUGAUCUUAUUGCAAAUUUUGCCGACUGCCGUUCUAUGAUGUUAACGAGUCUGGAUUUCAAGCCACUUUUAUCUCUCCUCUUUGAACGGAGUGUUCAAAUUCCUCUGAUACAACGACUCUAUCCAAUUCUCAGAAAACCUAGAAGCUUGACAGGCAAAGAAAGCUGAUGCUAUGUAUCCCCAAUUUUUUGGUACGGUCGAUGCUGCUAGUGCCUUGGGAGAGCCUACGUGGCUCGGAUUGUUUAUAUUGUUCAUAUGUUUAAGCAGAAACAGUAAUUGUAUGGAUCAAGAGCAGCUUCUGGCUGGUGCUCAUCGGUCACUUGCAUAUACUGACAAUUGAGAAUGUCACUUGCAUAUACUGACAAUUGAGAAUGUAAGCUAAUCAACCAGUUUCUUUUGAGAUUGUCUACAUGACAAGGUGAAGCUGCAUACCUACUUAGAAAUAGCAAAUGUAAUACAGUUUUUCAUUUGUUAAAUGGUAGAAAAAUUUUCUUCUCAA